UGUGAUUCAUUCUUUUACUUCAGUUUCAGACUAAAAAAUGUAGCUUUCAAAUAAUUUUGACUUCUCUCGAAGGUCGAUGAUGAGAAAUCGAAGCCUGCAGCCAUGGUGUGUGUUGUUAUCCCUAGGCCGGAAACUAAGCCUGAGAAAACUCCUGAUCCUAACUCUUGGCCUCGCCGUUCUAUCUCUCCUCUAUAUGUCUGGGUUCACCAAACCGGUUCCAAAGAUGAAAAGGAUGCUCACACCUCGGAAUUUCUGCGCUAGAUCUAACCGAAGUAAAAUCUCUCCCCCAGACGAUCUGAAAACCUGGGGACCAAAGAACCACUACAGUGCUCACAUCCUCCUCUUCGCGAAGACGGCCUCCAGCUCCAAGCUUCUCAAGGAUUUCCUCGGGGCCUUGAGGCUUAAGUACAAGAUCUCAACCUCAGGGAAAAAUUUGCCUGACCUCAUCAAAUUAUCGAGGGGUGGCGUCGGGAAGUAUUUUGUAAUUGUUUUCGAAGAUAUCAGAGACUAUUAUUUUAUGGAUAAAUGGAAUAGAGGGAUACUGGAGAAAUACUGCAAUCAAUUCAAUGCCGGUAUUAUUGGGUUUGUUCCAAGUGGGUUGGAAAAGGUUGAGAAUGACCCCAUGCUGGACCCGGUCAACAACUUCACCUCCCCCUUCACCAUGAGCUCCCACAACAUCCUGGGCCCUGUUAAGGUUUCCAACCACUCCAUGCUGAGGAUACUUAAGGGAUACAUCGAGAUGGAUCCUAUGUAUGCUCGGUCCAGCUGGGUUCGAUUUACCAAUCUCAGGGAGGACAUUGAACCCGUGGUCUUCUCCAGGUUUAAAUCUUCAGACGGUUCGGAGUAUACGGAUCCUAUUGUAAUCUACGAACCGGAGAUAAAGGAUAAAAUCCGCAAAGUUAUAAUUGGAGGUUCAGACGCACUUCAGUUCUGGUUGAUCAAAGUUCUGUUUCUUGAUGCGCUUCUUUACCUUUCAAACCAACAGCUUGUGAUCCCAUUAACCCGAUAUGUUCUUGUGGAUAUUGAUGAUAUAUUCGUCGGCAGUGCCCGCCUAACCAAACCUGACGUCACGGCCCUGGUGGAGUCCCAGAGUAGGUUGGAGGAGCAUAUUAAAGGUUUUAAGUAUAACCUUGGGUUUUCCGGGAGCUACUUCCUGGCCGGGAACCGGGAAGAGGACGAGGGUGACGAGGAACUGAUCCUGCAACGAGAUGAGUUCUGGUGGUUCCCGCAUAUGUGGAAACAUAUUCAACCUCAUAGGUUCAACAACCUAUCAGAUCUGACUUCAAGAAUGGAACUUAACAAGAAUUUUGCUGCUGAAAAAAAUCUUCCCGUAGAAGGGCAGUACAGUGUUGCCCCGCACCACAGUGGGGUCUAUCCUGUACAUCAACAACUGUACUCGGCCUGGAAACAGGUUUGGAACAUUCAAGUAACCUCUACGGAGGAAUAUCCGAACCUGAAACCUGCGCGGAGAAGACGUGGAUUCAUUCACUCCGGGAUAGCCGUCCUUCCGAGACAAACCUGCGGCCUCUACACUAAGAAUUUAUUCUAUGAUGAUUAUCCUGGGGGUCCGGAUAAACUUGAGUCUUCUAUUGAGGGCGGAGAGUUGUUUCAAACAUUCCUAACCAACCCUAUAUCCAUCUUUAUGACCCAUAUGCCGAACUACUGCUGCGACAGAACGGCUCCGUACACAUUUGAGACAGUUGCUAAUUUUAUUUCCUGUUAUACAAACCUUGAUUUGAGGACCUUGCCACCAACCCAGCUAGCGGAGAAAUAUUUUAAUCUGUUUCCAGAGGAAAAAACUGCAGUUUGGGGAAACCCAUGCAUUGAUAAGCGACAUCUCGAGAUUUUAUCAGACAACCGAACUUGUAAUAAGCUACCCAACUUCCUUAUCAUUGGUCCACAGAAGUCUGGUACUACGGCGUUGCACUCCUUCCUUAAUAUGCACCCUAACCUAGUAUCUAGUGCUUCCAGUCCCGAGACCUUUGAGGAGGUUCAGUUCUUCAAUGUGAAGAACUAUAAUCGUGGUUUGGAUUGGUACACAGAUUUUUUCCCGGACCGGAAUACCUCGGUUUUUCUGUUUGAAAAAUCCGCAACUUAUUUUGAUGGAGAGUUUGUACCGCUGCGAGCGCAUCGUUUGCUACCGGACGCUAAUAUAGUUGCCAUUUUGCUUCCGCCAGAGAAGAGAGCGUACUCAUGGUACCAGCAUAUACGCGCACACUCAGAUCCAACAGCAAUCAAUCAUUCUUUCAAGGAGGUGAUCCUGGCUGGACCUGGAGCUGAGAAUUCGUCCUUAACCUUGUAUUAUCUAAGUGUCUGGACCAAGACAAAUAGUAAGAAAGAAGAAAUGCGGAUCCCUAAAAUCAUUAAAAAUUUCUCCGAUCUCAAUUAUUUUAGGGCAAAACAGCUGCAUAUUAUUGAUGGUGAAGAAAUGCGUAGUUCCCCCGUAGCUGUUCUCAACAGGCUGCAGCACUUCUUGGAGAUCCCGUUCUACGAUUACAAGGACAAGCUUGUGUUUGACGAGAAAAAGGGUUUCUACUGCCAGGUUUUGGAAGGAAAGAAAAAGUGCCUCGGGAAGGGAAAGGGCCGGCUGUAUCCUAAGAUGGACCCUGAGACGGAAACCUGGUUGCUCAACUAUUAUAAACCUCACAACGAUCAUCUAAGAGCUCUAUUGCAGAAAUUAGGCUUUCCACUUCCACGCUGGCUCGUGGAUAAAGACUCGCGCUCACCGUGAGCUCUAAACUUUUCUUGA